AUGUCUUUUUCUGAUUAUUCCUCAGACGAAGAUGACUUCAGUCCAGUCUCUAGCACGCAUAUAUCUCAGGCCAGGGAGAAGACGGAAAUUUUUGAUAAAUUUGCAGAUAAAAUCAACUUAGAGCCUUAUCACAAUCACAGAAUUACAAGAGACAAAGCCUUAAGGGCCACUGUUGACCAAGUGUUGGAUCCAAGGACGUUGCGGUUUUUGGGAAAGAUUUUCAAUACUGGCUUAAUAACGAAAAUUAAUGGGUGUGUGUCUACAGGGAAAGAAGCAAAUAUUUAUUAUUCUGAAAACGAAUCAACUGGCCUUGAAUAUGCCGUCAAAAUCUAUAAGACCUCGAUUCUUGUUUUUAAAGAUAGAACCAGAUACGUGGUGGGUGAACACCGUUUUGGUGAAAAACAGUCUAAAAACCCAAGACAAAUGGUUAAGAAUUGGGCUGAAAAAGAAUAUAGAAACUUGAAAAGACUACAUGCAGAACCGCUGAUAAAUUCACCUGAACCAAUGGAUUUACGUGAGAAUAUUCUAGUUAUGGAAUAUUUGACACGUGGAAAAGGUGAGCCAUCUCCAAAACUAAGGGAUUACGAUUUUACUGAUUUAACUGAUGUUAUACAUUACUAUCAUGAAAUGUUAAUUCUCAUGAGAGUUUUAUACCAGAAUUGUAGGCUAGUCCAUGCAGAUCUAAGUGAAUACAACACCAUUGUACACAACAACAAAUUAUAUGUCUUUGAUGUUUCGCAAUCAGUGGAACCAGACCAUCCGAUGGCCAUGGACUUUUUAAGAAUGGACAUAAAAAACGUGAAUGAUUUUUUUAACAGAAUUAAGAAGAUCAAUGUUUAUGCAGAACGUGAUAUUUUUAAAUUUGUGAUUUCGCCUCAUGACGUUCUUUUCAAAGAUUUUGACCACGAAGAAAAAAAUAAUCCUGAAACGAAAACAAUAUUGGAAGAAUACCUCAAUUCUCUACAUCUUAAAUCAACUGAAGAAGAUGAAUUUCAAGAUGAGGUAUUUAGGAGUCUACACUUGGUCUCAAGUCUUCACAAUAUAGAUGAGAGAGACUUCAAUAAGUUUGCAAAUGGGGAUAUAGAUACUUUAGUUGAUUUAGUUGGGAAUACCAAAAUCAGCAAGAUUCAAGACUCUAGUCGUGACUCUGCAAGCGAUGAUGAAGAAGAACAAGAUGAAUACAGUGAUGUUGAUUCCACAGAUGAUGAGAAUGAGGAAAGCAAAUCUGCAAAAAAGGAAUUAAAGCUCAAAAAGUUUGAAGAUAAAGAUGAAAAAAAAGCCCGCAAGCAAAAGGCUAAGGAGGAAGCAAGGGAAAAGCGUCAAAAUAAAAUGAAAAAACAUGUUAAGAAAAAGCUAGUUAAGAAGGGUAAGAAAUGA